AUGGACGAGCGGUCGGACCCGAAUUUCCCCAAGCAACUCAAUAUCGCUCCCGCAGCGCCCAAGUCUCAAGAUGCGGGCGAUGCUUGGUGUCAUGAUAGUGCUGAAGACAUAGCUGACUACGGAAUUGCUGGUCGGAUCUGGUCUUCUGCCACCCGUGAUUAG